AUGGAAUUCGUCGUGGGGGAUCACUCGGGCCUGUGCAAGGAGCUCUCUUGGCUGUCCGCCGAUACCCGGCGUACACGCAUUAUAAAGAGGGCCAAGCAGAACCGUUCUUUGGCUGUCACUUCCCUCUGUUGGGCAGGAGCUCCAGGCGGAAGAGAGGCUUCGGAGAUUGCAGUUGGCCGUGCAUGCGGAUCCGUGGAGGCGUUCGCAACAUCUAAUGUCGUUUGUGAGGCCCCUCUUGAUGCUGCAUCUAUUGCGGGAGUGGGUUCCCUUCAGCUGCCUUUGCGAUCCUUCCAGCUGCCGUCAGCACCUGUAGCUCUUUCACUAAUUGGAUCAGCGAAAUCACGCGCCUACACGCGUUCGCUGCUUUGCAAAUCAUGGCUGGCGAGCGGUGUGACACCGGGCGAAGCAUCGCUUCGCGAUGCCCUGCUGCCAUCACCCACAGAGGCUGAAGCCGAUGCAGCAGAGGACUCAGCCUGCAGCACAAGUUCCAGCAGGCUGUUGCUUGCCGUUGGCCAAAAGGGUCAUGCCUGCGUGGUGGAGUGGGAAGAAUGUUUCAACACUCGUCUUCUCGAGACGCCAAACAGCGACCAAAAGUAA